GGUUUGGGUUGAAACUUGCAGAGUGGUCGUGGACUCGCCAGCCGUGUUCAUCAUAUCUCCGCAUCGUUGGUCAGAAAAACGAACAUAUCCCCCGCAUCUCUCUCUUUCUCUUUCUCUUUGUGGGUCUCUCGGCAUCGUCGAUAUCCGCUGAAGGAAGUGUGGGCUGACCGUUGAGCUUGGAGUGGCUGGCUGGCUGACUCGCCCGCUCGCUCGCUCUUGAGUUGCCAUGGCCGUGGAUUAUUCCGUGAGUGGAACACGUGGAGCGGCCGGCUCUUCCGCCUCGUCCUCCUCGUCUAUGGGUCCGCCCGCCUGGGGUGUGCGUAGAUCCCGGGGGUGGGCGGGUGAGGCGUCCGUCUUGAUGGUGGGCGCGGGAGGGAUCGGAUGCGAAUUGCUCAAGAAUCUCGUCUUGGCUGGAUUCCACCAACUCGUGAUCAUCGAUUUGGACACCAUCGACGUGACCAACUUGAAUCGGCAGUUCCUGUUCCAAAAGCGCCAUGUGGGCCAAUCCAAAGCCCAGGUGGCCCGUGAGGCCGCUCUGGCCUUCUGUCCCGAGGCCAACAUUCGGGCCAUCCAUGACUCCAUCAUGAGCCCGGAUUAUGGCCUGGAGUUCUUCCAACAGUUCCAGUUGGUCCUAAAUGCCUUGGAUAAUCGCGCGGCUCGCAGUCACGUGAACCGCAUGUGUCUGGCGGCCAACGUGCCAUUGGUCGAGAGCGGCACGGCCGGUUAUCUGGGCCAGGUCACCGUCAUCCGGAAAGGCGUGACCGAAUGCUACGAGUGCACGCCCAAACCUCAUGCCAAGACCUUUCCCGGCUGUACCAUUCGCAACACGCCCUCCGAGCCCAUUCAUUGCAUCGUGUGGUCCAAACAUUUGUUCAAUCAAUUGUUCGGGGAAACAGACCCCGAUGAAGAGGUCUCACCCGAUGCCGCCGACCCUGAAGCCAAUGAGAAGACCGAAACCCCGGCCAGCGAUCCACCUGAAGCCGUGUCGGCCGACUCCAGUGAGAGCAAACACGCCCAAAAUGGCAACGUGGUCCGCAUCUCGACCCGGCAAUGGGCACAGGACCUGGGCUACGAACCCAAAGCCUUGUUUCAAAAGUUCUUCUUCGACGACAUCCAAUAUCUGUUGAGCAUGGAGAAGCUCUGGAGCAAACGCAAGGCCCCCGUUCCCAUGGAUGCCCACAGCUUGGCCCUUCAGGCCCCCGACGAGCCGCCCAAUAAGGGCCAAUCCUUCGACAUCCAAGACCAGGCUGUUUGGUCGAUUGCCAAAUGCUUCGAGGUGUUCCAAUCCAGUGUGCUGGCUCUCAAGAGCGAGCUCGCGCAGAAAGCCGAAGGCGACCAUCUGGUGUGGGACAAGGACGACGAGGCGGCCAUGAACUUUGUCACGGCGUGCUCGAACAUUCGGGCCGAGAUCUUUCACAUCCGACGCCAAUCCCGCUUUGAUAUCAAGUCCAUGGCGGGGAAUAUCAUCCCUGCCAUCGCCACCACCAACGCCGUCAUCGCUGGUCUCAUCGUACUGGAGGCCUUCAAGAUCUUGGCUCACCAGCCCGACACGUGUAAAACGGCCUUCCUGACCCGAAAGCCCAAUCCUCGUGGGAAGAUCCUCGUUCCCUGCCAAUUGAACGCCCCCAAUCCCAAGUGUUACGUGUGUGCCGACAAGCCCGAGGUGUCGGUCAAACUCUCCUUGGAGAAGACCACCUUGAAGAUGCUGGAGGAGAAGAUCCUCAAGGGCGCGUUGCACAUGGUGGCACCCGAUGUGGAAAUCAUGGGCAAGGGGGUCAUUCUCAUCUCGAGUGAGGAAGGUGAGACCACGGCCAAUGCGGACAAGACCUUGAGAUCCUUCGGCCUCACUUCCGGCACCAUUUUGGAGUGCGACGACUUUCUCCAAAACUACAACCUGAAAUUAUUCCUGUUCGAUAUCGAGGAGGACUCGGAAGAGGAAUUCAAAAUCAUCACGGACAUCUCUGAACUCAAGGCCAAGGAUGAAGAUGAGCCUAAGACGAACGAAGGAACCGCAGACCAGCCACAAACAGACGAACCCGAAGGUCAAGGCGAUCGCAAGAGAAAAGCCGAGCAUGAAGCUGCCAUUCCUAUCAAGAAGAAAAAGGUCGAAAUAGUCUCCGACAACCAAGAUUUGGUGUGCAUAGAUUGAAACGAGCGGCGAAAAGAAAAGUAUUAAUACUGGCUAACAAAUUUCUCCAUACUCGGACGAGUGUGUAUGUAUGUAAUAUGUAUGUUUUAGAACCAAAAAAUAUGAAUCAUCGGGAACACAAGUUGAAUUCGAGUUA